GGGAACUUUGCAGAGCCAGUUGCUCGCCAUCUAGUCCGGUGCAGUGUUUGCAAAUACCUUAAACGCCAGGCAAGAGAAGAAGGAGGGGGACGGAAGGAGGCUGCUUGAAAACAAGCGCUGCUCGGUUUGCGUCGCAUGCGAGUUACAGCAGGGGACACUCUUCGCUCCUUUUCUUCUUGGCUUGUUUUUUCUUCCUUACCGACACGUUUAACGCGCAGAUCAAAUAGGCUUACUUUGAAAGAAGCUCGGGCAAAAUGGAUGUUCUACCCAUGUGCAGCAUCUUUCAAGAACUUCAAAUAGUUCACGACACGGGCUAUUUCUCCGCCUUACCGUCACUGGAGGAGUACUGGCAGCAGACAUGCUUGGAACUGGAGCGCUAUCUGCAGAGCGAGCCUUACGUCUCCACUCCUGAGCUGAAGUUUGAUGGCCAGGAGGACCUCUGGAGCAAGUUGAUCUUAGCCUGCGGGGACAAGGCCAAAGCCGAGGCCGACCCCAAGUUGCCCCCGGCCCCCCAAGAGGAGGACAAUCACGACAGUCCCAUUUUUGACACCAACAGUGUGAAUUCAGAUGCCAGCAGCGAAGCGUCAGACAGUUCCGAGGAGCUCUCACCCACGCACAGCUUUACCUCCAACCCUCUGGGCUCUGCCUUGGUAGGCUCUGGACCUUUUAGCCCGUCCGUGAUCAGCACUCCGCCGUCCUCGCCGGAGGCUAUCUCCGAGCCCGGCGGCGUGGUGAGCGGCUGGGUCGGCACGCACGGCGACUUGCACUUGCCGGGCAAAAUCAGGAGCGGCGGCGUGGCAAAGAGUUCGGAAAAGACGGGACUCACCUGCGGGGAUGUUUCCCCGGACGGCAGGAGGAGAAUACACAGGUGUCAGUUCAACGGCUGUCGCAAGGUUUACACAAAGAGCUCCCACCUAAAAGCACACCAGCGCACUCAUACAGGUGAGAAGCCGUACAGGUGUUCAUGGGAGGGCUGCGAGUGGCGUUUUGCACGGAGCGACGAAUUGACCAGACACUUCAGGAAGCACACCGGGGCAAAGCCAUUCAAAUGCAGUCACUGUGACAGAUGUUUCUCCAGGUCUGACCAUCUGGCUCUUCACAUGAAGAGGCACAUCUAAAGCCGGGGUGAGCACCAAACCAAGCAACACAGCGGAGGGCAAAUGUUUUUUUUUUCUUUUUUUUUUUUUUCUUUCUUAAUGGGGGGAAAAAAAAUCACAGUCUCCCUACCAGCCUCUUGGUUGAACUUAUCCCAGAGAGCCGAGUGGUGGGAGUGUGUUCCAGCCAAAGCAUGCUGUUUUGCACCAUACUGAAACCCAGUGCCUCCGGGACCUCUCUUCAGAGGGGGGGGGGGGGACGCCCUGAAGGUUGCAACAAGCGGACAAAAUCAUCAAUAGGGAUAAAGAUGCUGAGAGCAAUUUUUUUCAUUUAAAAAAACGGUCAGGAAAAAAAAAACUAAGAAAAAAAAAAAAGAUAAGAAUGAAUGAUUUUGUUUGUAUGGUGCAUGAUGUUUUGGGGACAUCUCCCCAUUGGACAGCUGAUACACUGGUACUUUGCAAAAACUGUCUGAGGUGAGCACGAAUGUACUGUGAAUGACUUGGCAAUCGCCUGCCUGCCCCCUUUUACGGGAAGAAUAGAGAAAGAGAAGAAGAGAAGGAUGGAUGGCUAGCUGGAUGGUCCGAGGGGGCUGGCACCGACGUUGCUGUGGACUGAGUGGGCUUUCCUGGGGAAACAUUCCACUUGUGUUUCCCCAGUGGCAGCCUGUCUGGCACCUAGACUUGGGGGGUGAGGAGGUUUUUCUACCAGAGGAAAAAAAAAAAUUCACGUCACCUUUCUGGUUUAGGACCGAAACUCACCCCCGUGGUCGCUGUAUGAGUUUUUUUUUGUUUUGGUGGUUUUUGGUGCAGCUACUAAAUGUGCAAUGUGUUAUGUAGCCUGAUUUCUUAUUUUUUUACAAGCUACAAAGCUUCCUUUGUAGUCCAAUUGUAUAAGCUGUGUGCUUAGAGGUAUAACACGACUAUAACUUCAGUAUCAUAGACAGGUGUUGCAUGGUUCUAGGGUUUGUUCAUUUCCCGUCUCCACUAUAAUCAGGACUGCAAAUAGUUUCAAUUAAAGUGCAGCUAAAACGCAAACGGUUAAAAAAAAAAAAAAAAAUGUUACAAUAUUGUACAUAAAGCCUUGAUGAUUCCCUCUUUUUAUUUUAUUUAACCAAAUCCUCAUUCCUGUGUUCAUUUCACCACCGCUUGCUUGUUCUCAUUCAUCUUCUGCCUUGGGGUGACAAUUUUGGAAUUUUUUUGUACUUUCUUUCUAUCUAAUAAUGCACUGUUGACCUGAAUGGUGCCUUAUGCAAGUGACUGCCCCGAGGCAGCGGCGGUGUGCUCCUGUCGGGAGGUCGUAUUUGUUGUUCUGGGUGAUUUCGACAAGCUCGAUCAAGGCUCAAUUACAAGUUUUCUCGUUGUGUUUGGUGACGGCGAUCUCUUUUUUUCUUAACUGUGCUCACUCAAGUAUUUUCUUUUGCGCCGAUUUAGCGACAAUUCUGUAAAUAGAUAAAAUGCUGUAUGUUGAAAGCACUUAUUUUUCGUUAUUAACGAUGUCAACUACUGUGUAGUAUGUACUGAUGUCCAUCAAGCACAGCUCAAAAGGUACAAAAAAAAAGACCCCCCGUUAUUUUAAGUUGAUGCUUUUCUUAGUCACAACCCCCCUCCCUUGCCACCUUGUCCCUUUUAUGCCUGCAAGUGGGACCGAAGAAAUAGCUAAAGAUUUAUUGUAAUUAACAGGCUGCAGUUGGACAGGCCUCGCCUUGUAGUGCCUCACAGUAAUGAAUUGCUAAAGGCUUUGUUGGCAUGGAAUCUGUCACAGACUGCUGACUGUGGAGGUUGGAUAUUGACCUGUCUGGGGAGUGCUGUUUUAGCAAGAGGCAACAACAGUAUUAGGAAAACCAAAAGAAGGAUCCGGCCCAAAAAGCAGGCAUGAUGCGCCGAUGAGGGGGUGAUAAAGAUCAACCAUUGACAGUGCUUGUCAAACCUAAAUCAGAGUCAAAACACUAACUGCCCCCGAGGGUGACUCCCGAUGGAUAUUUGCCAAAAGGAAUCAGAUGUUGCGCGGGAAUAUAUAGAUUUCAAAUGGCCGGGACGCGCCGAGACGUGUACAAACUUGAAACGACGAUAGAUUGGAGAUAGCUGGCAGCCGAUACAGUUCAAAUGGUAAUUGAGCCUUGAAACAGCUUUGUUUGCUGACAUGGUUUUCACUCCACGUCAUCUCUUUCAUGCCACUACUACUAUUCCAGCUCUUCUGUCUCUCACACACAAACACACACACACACACAGCUUUGUUCUCAAUUGAAUCUUUGUAUAAAAGGAAAAAAAAAACAACUUUUGUAAAAUUGUUAUGUUUAUGCUUUAUGAAAUUUUUAUUUGGAAUUGUUUUGCAAAAUUGUUAUAUUUCUGUAUGAAUGUAUUUUUUAUUGGAAUAAUAAGAAAUUCUUAUCUGA